AUGCAGGAAACCGAUCCACCUCCGUAUAGAGAACACAAUGGCACGGCUGAAGAAGCCGAUGAUGGCAACAGCCAUAGUGACAAGAUAUUUGUUCCUCCGCGGACUAUGAAGAAAGUCAUGGCGCUAGAGACGCAUCAGGAAAGAAUUCGAAUGGUGGAAGAAUACAUCACGAAAAAGGGAGAAGCUGUGGAAGCAAAAGAGAAGGCAUUAUCUCGUCAAAAACGUGCACUGGCCGAAACGAUUAAAGAUGCUAAAAAGGAUGUUAGAAGCCUCCGCGGAACAUAUUGGCAGAGGGUGCGAAAUAUUUUGGAUGCCAAGGAGCCUCUCAUUCGCUCCCUCUUAUUUUCCAAAUCCUAUGGCUUGGAUUUGCUUGCGUGUAAUGCGCUGUUUGCCGCUAGAAAGAAUGGGGCACGGCUUUUGCAUAAAAAAGAAACAGAGAAGAUUGAAGCUGAGUUUCAGAAAGCGUCAAAAAGGGUAGAUGAAGAGUACAACGCUCUUCUAGACGCUAUGCUAGCUAGCAACAAGCAGACUGCGAGGGCUGAGGUUGAGGUCUGA